AUGGCCAAGAAGAUUUCCUUAUUGAUCUUCUUGUUUGUACUCAGUAGUAUAUUUGCUGUUGUUUCUUCACAACAAUGCAGUGGUACUGGGUCUUUUGGGGGAGUUAGUAAAUAUGCUAUUAACCGCCAAGACAUCCUCUCAUCUCUUGCUGCUAACGUGAAGAUGCCCAAUGGUUACUACAGUGGCUCGGUGGGAGAUGGUCCUAAGUCUCCUGACCGAGUAUAUGCAAUGGCAAUGUGCAUAGAUGGGAGUGACCCAGAGGUUUGCUCCCAAUGUCUCAAGGUUGCGUCUGACUUGUUAAUACAUAACUGUCAUAUUGAGAGUGACGGAUUUAUAUGGUUUCCGUAUAAAACGCUUUGUUUUGCACGCUUCUCUAACCAUUCGUUUUUUGGAACCCCUGAUACGCACCUGCUUUAUUCCGAGCACAGCAGUGGGGUUUCCAGGUUGGAGAUAACAGAAUUUGACCAAAAAUUUAGCAAUUUAACAACUCGUAUGAUAGAUGAAGUUUCCAGGGGAAAGAAAGCUGCAACUAAUACGGUGGCCUUGACGAAGUUCCAGACUUUAAACGCAUUAAUGCUAUGCAGUCCAGAUCUAUCUUCAUCGAAUUGUUCGGCAUGUCUUCGAGAAAGUGUUAGUGUGUAUCGUAAGGCUGAAGACCUCAUUGGGAGGCUAGGAGGCGUUAUUGCAUAUCUAAGCUGUUUCUUACGGUGGGAUCUGUAUCCCUUCAGCGAAGGUUUUAAUCAAAUUUCUUCUUGUAAACUAGGUAAACAAUGUAGCAACAAAAUCUCGAAGGUAUUUUUUGUGGCGGUUGUUGUUCCCAUCGUGAUUAUCUGUUGUGUGGUGUCUACUAUAGUAGUUGUACUAGUUAUCAGAAGGAGAAGGUACCAACCACCUGUCUCUCCAAAACCACCUACAAAUUCCCUGCAAUAUGAUUUGAAGACAAUUGAAGCUGCAACAUGUUCAUUUUCGAAGAGAAACAUGCUCGGUGAAGGUGGAUUUGGAGAAGUUUUUAAGGGUUUACUUCAUAAUGGGUCCGAAAUUGCGGUGAAGAGGCUGUCUAAGGAAUCAGCACAAGGUGUACAAGAGUUCAAGAAUGAGACUAGUCUCGUCGCAAAGAUUCAGCACAGAAAUUUGGUUGGAGUUCUUGGGUUUUGUAUGGAAGGAGAAGAGAAGAUACUGGUUUACGAGUUUGUUCACAACAAAAGCCUCGACCAGUUCUUGUUUGAACCUACAAAGCAAAGCCAGCUUGAUUGGGCUAAAAGAUACAAGAUUAUUCUCGGGACUGCUAGAGGAAUCCUAUAUCUUCAUCAUGACUCGCCUCUCAAAAUCAUACACCGUGACCUCAAAGCUAGUAACAUCCUCUUAAAUGCUGAAAUGGAACCCAAAGUCGCAGAUUUUGGAAUGGCAAGGAUACUGAGGUUGGAUCAAUCUCGAGCCGAUACAAGGAGGGUCGUUGGAACCCAUGGCUACAUUGCUCCAAAGUAUUUGAUGCAUGGGCAAUUCUCCAGGAAAUCUGAUGUAUUUAGUUUUGGAGUUUUGAUUCUCGAGAUUAUUAGUGGAAAAGGAAACAGCAACUUCCACGAGAUGGAUGGAUCUGGCAAGAAUUUGGUCACACAUGCUUGGAAGCACUGGAGGAACGGGUCACCGCUAGAACUAGUGGAUGCGGAAAUAGAAAAGAACUAUCAGAGUAACGAAGUUGUCAGAUGCAUCCAUAUUGCGCUAUUAUGUGUUCAGACUGAUCCAGAUGACCGUCCAGAUAUAUCCGAAAUUAUCUCAAUGCUCACCAGUAACUCUAUCAUUUUACAGCUACCUCAGUCACCAGUAUAUGAGGGUUCAGAGAUGUGUCUACCUCCGAUUAAAUCUGUUCCUGUUUCUGUCAAUGCUUCAUUGAUAAAUGAGUUGGUUCCUCGUUGA